AUUAGUAACUCGAGAAGAAUGGAAGGUGUGGAGUUUAAGGAAGAAUGGCAAGAUGAAGAUUUUCCAAGGCCCCUGCCAGAGGAUGAUCCUGUUGACUCAGAUGUUUUGGCUGAGGCUGGAAGAGAAGGUGAAAUUGAACAUAAUGGGAACAAAGUGAGGAAGAAACUAGUGGCACCUGAUAUUAGCUUAACUUUGGACCGCAGUGAGGAAUCUGUAUUGUCUGAUGAUUUGGAUGAGAGUGGAGAGAUUGAUUUGGAUGAUUUGGAUACUCCCUCAGAGAACAGUAAUGAAUUUGAAUGGGAAGAUGACCUUCCAAAGCCAAAAACUACUGAUGUAAUUAGAAAAGGAUCGCUUACAGAAUACACUGCAGCGGAAGAGAAGGAUGAUGGUCGGCGCUGGCGUAUGUUUAGGAUUGGAGAACAGGACCAUAGGGUGGACAUGAAGGCAAUUGAACCGUAUAAAAAAGUCAUCAGUCAUGGUGGUUAUUAUGGUGACGGGUUAAAUGCUAUUGUUGUGUUUGCUGUUUGUUUUAUGCCAGAAAGCAGCCAGCCUAACUACAGAUAUCUAAUGGACAAUCUAUUUAAGUAUGUAAUUGGCACUUUAGAGCUGUUAGUAGCAGAGAACUAUAUGAUAGUUUACUUGAAUGGUGCAACAACACGAAGGAAAAUGCCAAGUUUAGGAUGGCUCAGGAAAUGUUACCAGCAAAUUGACAGAAGGUUAAGGAAAAAUCUGAAAUCAUUAAUAAUAGUUCAUCCUUCUUGGUUCAUCAGAACGCUUCUGGCCAUCACUAAACCUUUUAUUAGCUCAAAAUUCAGUCAAAAAAUUAGGUAUGUCUUUACGUUGGCAGAACUUGCUGAACUUGUCCCCAUGGAGUAUGUUGGCAUCCCAGAGUGCAUAAAACAGUAUGAAGAAGAAAAGUUUAGAAAGAAACAGAAAAGAAUUGACCAAGAGCUGAAUGGGAAACGAGCAGAGAAAUGAACAGUAAGUUUGGAAUCCAAACGGGACAGAAGAAUAUGCAGAUGGAAUGAUUCCAUUUUUUCUCCCUUUACAAUGCAUUCAUUAAUGUGUGUGUAUGUGUGUAUAUAUAUUAUAUAACCUGUUACAAAAGGUGCUUAACUUUGAAUUAGCACACAAUGGAGUGUUCACUGCUGUAAUGGUUUAAGUCUUGACUUUAAUAGCUACCUUUAUAUGUAAUCAUUUUAUACUGCUAAAUGUCAAAGAACCCUAUGUUUUUAGAGGACAUUCUUGCAAUUGUUUAUCUAAAUGAUGCAUGUUCUUCAGUAAAAUAUUUAUAUACCUAAAUGUUAAAGGAAAGAGAUAAUAUAUAUUUUUAUGACUCUUAACAAAAUGAUGUGUACCUGCAAGAGGAAUUCAUUUGUAGGUAGAUAAGA